GACGGCGGCGUCCUCCGCGAAGUCGCCAAGCACCCGAGCGUCGAGAAGAUCGUCAUGUGCGAGAUCGACCCGAUGGUCUGCGAUGUCUCCAAGAAGUUCUUUGCCGACACGGCUCGCGACGACGUUCAACGACCCGCGCCUCACGCUCAUGCACGACGACGCGGCGGCGUUCCUUCGCAACGGCGACUGCGGCAAGUACGAUGUCAUUAUCGUCGACUCGUCGGAUCCGGUCGGCCCCGCCGAGGUCCUCUUCCGCUCGGAGUUUUACGAAAGCAUGAAGAACGCGCUCAACCCGAACGGCAUUGUGUGCACGCAGGGCGAGUGCCUCUGGCUCCACAUCGACUUGAUCGCCGAUGUGCUCAAGCGCGUCGGCGGGUACUUCCCGACGGUCCAGUACGCCUACACGACGAUCCCGACGUACCCGUCCGGCCAGAUUGGUUUUGUGCUCUGCUCGCUCGACGAGUCGCCGAACGCGCUCAACAAGCCCAAGCGCAUCGUCGACGAGAAGACGGCCGAGAGCCUCCGCUACUACAGCUCCAAGAUCCACGAGGCCGCGUUCGUGCUGCCGUCGUUCGCCGAGAAGAAGAUCGCGCCGGUCCGCAAGACCACCGUCUAACACCCGCCACAUUUUGA